GAUCAGUGCACCAUUGGCAAGGUACCCGCAACUAGCACCACAGCAGCAGCAGCAGUGACCGCAGCGGGCAAUGCUUCGGUCACCACAACAGGUGCCACACAAGCAACCACAGAAGCUUCCACCACCCAAGCUUCCAUCGAAGCUUCCAGCACGGAAGCUCCCACCACAGAAGCGGCCACCAUUACCAAGGCAACAACCACCGUGGCUGCCACCACCAAGGCAACCACAACCACAGAGGCCACCACAACCACCCAGACCACGUCGAUCACGUCCUCGUUGCCCUACGACUGCCAG